AUGCGAGAUCCUGGCGGCAAGCCAGACAGACCUCUGCUCCAAUCACGGCUCGGCAGGAUCGGAAAAGAGACCCCUGCGGAGCGCCGGGUAUGGGCGGAUCCCCCCAGUUCGUCUCAACCUGUCAGGGCUGACUGGCUCUCGACUGGUCUUGUCGAUCAGAUUGUCGCCGUUGAGUUUCAAACUAGUAUCUCCUUUGAUGCAGGACCUUGA